AUGGUUGAGGCUUUUGCUGGUAGACAUGACCUUGCAAGGUCAAUGAGGUCGCUGAGCACAAGGUCUCCGAGCAUGAGGAGUUUAUCAUCAGCAAGUAAAAGAAAUUGGGCCUCAGCGAGUAUUCGCGAGGUGUGGGUGAAUCAAGGAGAUAUGUUUCAAAAGAGUGGGAGAGAGGAAGAUGAAGAGGAGCUUAAAUGGGCUGCAAUCGAGAGACUGCCUACAUAUGAUCGGUUGAGAAAAGGAAUGCUCAAACAGGUUAGGGAUAGUGGAAGUGUUCGCUAUGAAGAGGUUGAUGUUGCCAAUCUAGAUGUUCACGGCAGGAAGCAGCUCAUAGAGAGUAUACUCAAGGUUGCUGAAGAGGACAAUGAGAUAUUUCUUCGUAAGCUGAGGGAAAGGACUGAUAGGGUGGGAAUUGUCACUCCCAAGAUUGAAGUCCGGUUCGAGCAUUUGUCUGUCGAAGGAGAUGCAUAUGUUGGAACCAGGGCACUUCCAACUCUAGUGAAUGUUGCUGUGAACAAAAUAGAGGGACUUCUGGGUUUUUUUAGGCUUUUCCCGUCUAAGAAAAGAGUAGUCAACAUUCUCCAUGAUGUGAGCGGAAUAGUGGAACCAAUGAGGAUGACCCUGCUUCUAGGACCUCCAGGGUCAGGCAAAACUACAUUGCUACAGGCACUUUCAGGAAAGAGGGACAAGGAGCUCAGGGUAUCUGGAAAAGUCACCUACUGUGGACAUGAAUUGCAUGAGUUUGUUCCUCAGAGAACAUGUGCUUAUAUAAGCCAGCAUGACCUUCAUCACGGUGAGAUGACAGUCAGAGAGACACUGGAUUUUUCAGGGCGCUGUUUGGGUGUUGGAGCCAGAUAUGAGUUGUUGGCAGAGUUGUUGAGAAGAGAAAAGGAAGCUGGGAUAAAACCAGAUCCUGAGAUAGAUGCAUUCAUGAAAGCGAUAGCUAUGGAAGGCCAGGAAGCUAGUCUAGUUACAGACUAUGUUCUCAAGAUUCUUGGAAUGGAUAUCUGUGCUGAUAUCACGGUGGGAGAUGACAUGAGAAGAGGUAUAUCCGGCGGUCAAAAGAAGCGUGUUACUACAGGAGAGAUGUUGGUUGGACCAGCAAAAGCUCUUUUCAUGGAUGAAAUAUCAACUGGUUUGGACAGUUCAACAACUUACCAAAUUGUCAAAUUUAUGAGGCAAAUGGUUCACAUCCUGGAUGUCACCAUGAUAAUUUCUCUUCUACAACCUGCACCUGAGACGUAUGACCUUUUCGAUGACAUUAUUUUACUCUCAGAAGGUCAGAUUGUUUACCAAGGUCCACGUGAAGAAGUACUUGAAUUCUUCGAAAGUGUUGGUUUCAAGUGCCCAGAAAGAAAAGGAGUUGCAGAUUUCUUGCAAGAGGUAACAUCAAAGAAAGACCAAGAGCAGUACUGGAGCAAAAGGCAUGAAACUUAUCGAUAUGUAUCGACACUUGAGCUUGUGAACUGCUUCAAGUCUUUCCGCACAGGCCAAAGAGUCUCUGAACAACUUAGAAUUCCGUAUGAUAAAUCUACUGCCCAUCCGGCUGCACUAGUGAAAGAUAAAUAUGGAAUCUCUAAUAUGGAACUCUUUAAGGCAUGCUUUUCAAGAGAGUGGUUAUUGAUGAAGCGCAGCUCUUUUAUCUAUAUUUUCAAGACAACCCAGAUCACUAUCAUGGCACUCAUUGCCAUGACAGUGUUCUUAAGAACUGAAAUGACAGUUGGCACUGUGGAAGGUGGAGGAAAAUAUUACGGUGCGCUGUUCUUUAGUCUCAUUAACGUAAUGUUCAAUGGGAUGGCAGAGAUGGCGAUGACUAUGACUCGGCUUCCUGUAUUUUUCAAACAAAGGGAUUUCAAAUUCUAUCCAGCAUGGGCUUUUGCAUUACCAAUAUAUCUGCUGAGGAUCCCUGUCUCCUUGUUGGAGUCUGGGAUAUGGAUCUUGCUCACAUAUUACACCAUUGGUUUUGCUCCUGCUGCUAGCAGGUUUUUCAAACAAUUUCUAGCAUUCUUCAGUGUGCAUCAGAUGGCUCUCUCUCUCUUCCGUUUCAUUGCUGCAGUUGGAAGAACAGAAGUUGUGUCAAGCACCCUUGGCACCUUUACAUUGCUUGUGGUUUUUGUCCUCGGUGGAUUCAUCGUCUCCAAAGAUGAUAUUGGACCCUGGAUGAUCUGGGGCUACUAUAUUUCUCCCAUGAUGUAUGGGCAGAACGCCAUAGUCCUGAACGAAUUUCUUGACGAUAGAUGGAGUGUUCCAAAUCAGGACAAAGCAUUUUCUGAACCCACAGUUGGAAAGGUUCUUCUCAAAAUGAGAGGCAUGUUUAUGGAAGAAUAUUGGUAUUGGAUUUCUGUUGGGGCACUUCUUGGAUUUGCUAUGCUUUUUAAUGUCCUUUUCGUAGCGGCACUGACUUAUUUGGAUCCUUUGGGAGACUCUAAAUCCAUUAUUCUGGAUGAGGAUGAGACUAAGAAGUCAUCCUCCACUGGAAAGCAAAAUAUUAAGGCCAUAGAAAUGACUCCAGCAUCUGCUUCCCAAUUCACUGAAGAGAAAGCACCUAAGCAACGCGGAAUGGUGUUGCCCUUUCAGCCGUUGCCACUUGCAUUUAAUCAUGUUAAUUACUAUGUCGAUAUGCCUGCAGAAAUGAAAAUGCAAGGAAUCGAAGAGGAUCGCCUCCAGCUGUUACGAGAUGUUAGUGGUGCUUUCAGACCUGGUGUUCUAACAGCGUUGGUUGGGGUGAGUGGUGCUGGAAAAACCACUUUGAUGGAUGUUCUAGCAGGUCGGAAAACUGGAGGGUACAUUGAAGGAGGUAUCAGCAUUUCUGGUUAUCCAAAGAAGCAGGAAACUUUUGCUCGGGUUAGCGGUUACUGUGAGCAGAAUGAUAUCCAUUCUCCAUAUGUUACUGUAUACGAAUCACUCCUGUACUCUGCUUGGUUGCGUCUCGCCAAGGAAAUUAAUGAGGAUACAAGAAAGAUGUUUGUUGAGGAAGUCAUGGAUUUGGUUGAGCUGAACACACUUAGGAAUUCUAUGGUAGGACUUCCAGGGAUAGAUGGUUUGUCGACUGAGCAGAGAAAGCGACUCACUAUAGCAGUAGAAUUAGUUGCUAAUCCAUCCAUUAUUUUCAUGGAUGAACCAACAUCAGGCCUUGAUGCUAGAGCUGCUGCAAUUGUUAUGCGUACAGUGAGAAAUACAGUGGAUACAGGCCGAACUGUAGUCUGCACAAUUCACCAACCAAGCAUAGAUAUUUUUGAAGCUUUUGAUGAGCUACUUCUGAUGAAGAGAGGAGGACAAGUCAUUUAUGCAGGAUCCCUCGGUCAUGAGUCUCACAAGCUCAUAGAAUUCUUUGAAGCUGUACCAGGGGUUCCUAAGAUCAAAGAUGGUUAUAAUCCUGCUACAUGGAUGCUGGAGAUCAGUUCAACUGCAGUCGAAGCUCAACUCAAAGUAGACUUUGCAGAAAUUUAUGCUCAGUCUGAACUCUACCAGUCAAAUCAGGAAUUAAUUGAAGAGCUAAGCAAACCAGAACCAGGAUCUAAGGACCUUUACUUCCCGACACAAUACUCGCAGGACUUCUUUACACAAUGCAAGGCAUGCUUCUUGAAACAGAAAUGGUCGUACUGGAAGAACCCAAGAUAUAACGCUAUGCGGUUUUUCAUGACAUUGACUAUCGGUCUUAUAUUUGGACUUAUUUUCUGGAACCAAGGGCAAAAGAUAAACAAGCAACAAGAUCUCUUCAAUUUGCUUGGAGCAAUGUAUUCUGCAGUCAUUUUCCUGGGAGCCACCAACACCUCCUCAGUGAUGUCAAUUGUGUCGAUAGAAAGAACGGUCUUCUACCGUGAAAGAGCUGCUGGAAUGUACUCUGAACUGCCGUAUGCAUUUGCUCAGGUUGCCAUUGAGGGAAUUUAUGUUGCAAUCCAAACUAUGGUCUAUAGUAUAUUGCUCUAUGUCAUGAUUGGAUUCUCCUGGGAAUUUACAAACUUCUUGUGGUUCUAUUUCUUCAUAUUCACUGCCUUCAUGUACUUCACACUUUACGGGAUGAUGCUUGUUUCUCUCACUCCCGGCCAUCAAAUUGCUGCAAUUGUUAUGUCGUUCUUCUUGAGUUUCUGGAACCUGUUCUCUGGCUUCCUUGUCCCGAGAACGCAAAUUCCUCUCUGGUGGAGGUGGUACUACUGGGCUUCUCCAGUCUCUUGGACAAUCUAUGGCCUCAUUACCUCCCAGGUGGGCAACCUCAAAAAAAUGAUUGAGAUACCUGAAGUUGGUCCUGUCGCAGUAAAGGACUUCCUCAAGGCACGCUUAGGAUUUGAAUAUGACUUCCUAGGAGCCGUUGCAGCAGCCCAUAUUGGUUUUGUUGUACUCUUCUUGUUUAGCUUUGCCUACGGAAUUAAGUACUUGAAUUUCCAAAGAAGAUAGGCAAGAGUCUUGAUAGAAUUUUCCAGACUGUGUUCUUGUCUGAAAUCUGGACAAAUUUAUCAGUAGUUUGCUUGCCUCCCUCCAUUAAAUAUUCUAUUUCUUCAUGGCUUGUGUAUCCA